AUGCGUCCUCAUCCUAGGUGUGCCCAACGCCUUCAACUUUGGGCUCGACCUACUUCAUUUACAAGACUCUCAAUUCACUCCAUUCGUUGCCAGAGCUCAACCUCAACCUCAGCCUCCCACCGUUCACCGAGACCUCCGCGCCGACCGCACUCCAGGCGAUUCGAAUCCGUGCAACAAUCUGAGGCCCGCCAGGUCCAGCUGACGGUCGAUUCCUUAGGAGAACCUGGCUGUGUCACUGUCAUAUCUUCUAAUCGCCCCAAAUUGCCUUUUCGACCACGCAAACCCCGCCCGGCGCAUCCUCGCAACCAAACUGCCACGACAGUCGACUCAAUACUGGAUGAUUUGGACCAGGAGACUGUUGAUCUGGAUGAAGAGGAUAUCCGUAAGACCAUUGAAACACUUGGCCAGUUCUCCGAACAAAGUGCCAAGCUGGCAUUGCACGAGUGGGAGACCCUCCGAUCAGACAUCGCAACUUCAUUCACCUAUAAACAACUAUCCGACUAUAUCGCCGCCCGCAACCAAUCUGCGUCAGAAGAACAUCAAGAAGAAGAUGUUUGGAGACCAGGAACUUCCUCGUUCUGGCAUGCCAGUCCAACCGCGCAUAGCAACACCGAACGAUUAGCCGCGGCUCAGGGAUUAACGGGAAAGCCCCUCCUCGCAGAACAUAUCCUUCGAGAUUGCUGGCAUUUCUCGGUGAUCAGCGAGGUUGGCCAGCUGGAUCUUCGCCUCCCUCCGCUCUCAAUUACCGUGCUGCUCAGUUCCACAAAUUUCUCGUUCGAUGAAGUUGCCGACCUCCAUUCUUCCAGUAUCGAUGUGACUAGUUCUCUCGGUUUGGUCCGAGUUACCGGUACACAGGAAGCUUGCGAAUCGAUCCGCGAUGUCAUCGAAGACGCCGUGACCCGUAUUCGUACGGAAAAGACCGGCAUCAGUGUCAAAACCUCUGUCAACCCGGCUCAGGUAUUCACACGGCCAUUCAUCGAUUGGGUUUGCCAAACCUAUGGCGUGGCUAUAGAGCAAGAUUCUUCGUCUAUUCCUACCAAGAUCCUCUGCCUCUCGGAAAGUAUUCAAGAUGCAGAGAGUGCUCGCCGAACCCUUAACUAUGCACUAUCUGAUGCGAGCCAAACCUCCGUUCCCUUCUCCACAUAUAUGCCUGCCUCGGAGCCGGCCAAUCUCUACAGUCAAAUUAUCCAGCACCCUUCCUGGUUGGAUCGAUCCAAAGCAUGGUUCCGAUGGGCUAUUUUAUCCACUCAAACGACAUCAACCGAGAUACAGCGAACGCCAUUCUUCGACGGUCACCAGACACGGCUUUCCGAUGAGCUGCUCAAGCUCCUUCGAAAGGACUCGGCUGUGACAAAUAGAAAUGUCUCAAAUGGAGCUACCAUACAGGAGACCGUGACAGCGUCUGUUGGUAGGUGUCUUUUUUCUUCGAAGCAAAUGCCUGAAGAUGCAGAAGCUACUCUAAGUGCCUCGGAACUUGGGAGAUCUUCCAUGACUCGGACUUUUACAACCGAAGUACCCAAUCUGGCGUCCUUCCUGGAGUCUCUUCCGGAACCUAAGCCGGAAUCAGGGACCGGGAGACUUUGUCUCAAACCAUCUUCGGAAUACUCUGGAGUGGCCCCCGAAAUUGAGGUUGAAUAUCGUCUCUAUGAAUCAGAAGGUGAAGAUUCUGGCUCUAGUGUCCAAAUAACUAGCUUGAAAACUAUCCUUGAAAAGAGCAGUGUGGACUACCUUCUCCCCGAGAAUUCGACUGAUCUCCGUUUCACCCGCACUGCCCAUCGAGAGAUCACUAAGGAGGUCCUAAGCGAGUCACCUCAUUACAGGCAGCUGGUCCGCAACAUCGAGCAAUCCCUAGUCCGUGAUGUCUCGCUUCCCCGUGGGCUUCUCUUAUCUCCUGAGAAAGAGGCUCUUGGUGAUUCUAUCUGGGACAUCUCGCUCGAAAACAACAUCGAGGUGGAAUACAUGUAUCCCCCUCUGCAGGACGUUCGCGGUUCUGUCGUUCAAUAUUAUGACCUCGAUGGCCGAGAAUUAAGCUACCGUUUCUAUGAAAGUGAUCCUUUCUACGCUAGACUCACGACAGAAGUCACAUUGGCGGUUGACAUUCCGCAGGCUGACGCCAAUCUACAUGCAGACGCUGAAGAGUUCCAGCGUUCUGUAGAGCAUUUAUACCACGAAUUCUAUACUGCGGCAUGCGACAUGGCAUUCAAGGUAAAACCCGCCAAUCGUGAAGUCGAGGGCGAGGUCGAGGGCGAGGUUUCAUAA